ACAUUUUCUUUCGAUUUUCAGUAAUAUCUUCAUGGUCGAGACAUAUACUCUGCAUUUUGACCAUGGCAGGAAAUGGCAGAAAAUGCUUCCACAGUAUUCAAUGUUCAUGUUCCUGAAUUUGUCGACGCUAUCUGGGUUGCAUUGAGGCAUCCAACACUGGAGGUUAGAGAGUGAGCUGUUGAGGCAUUGCGUGCUUGCCUUCGAGUUAUUGAAAAGCUUGAGACACGUUGGCGUGUGCAAUGGUACUAUCGUAUGUUCGAGGCCACACAGGAUGGCUUGGGUAAAAAUGCGCCUGUUCACAGUAUACAUGGCUCUUUACUUGCAGUUGGAGAGCUUUUGAGAUUAAUAGGAAAGUACAGUAAAGUUUCCAUGAAUAACUUUAAAGAUGAAAUGCUGAAGAGACGUAGAAAAGAAAUAUGCCUACCUGAGAUGGCUGCGACACCAGAAGUAAUAAUUGUUGGUGCUGGUGUUGCUGGCUCAGCUCUUGCUUAUGCUCUUGGCAAGGAUGGAUGCCGGGUGCAUGUAAUUGAGAGAGACUUGAAUGAGCCUGAUAGAAUUGUUGGUGAACUGUUGCAGCCCGGCGGGUAUCUUAAAUUGAUUGAGUUGGGUCCUGAAGAUUGUGUAGAACAGAUUGAUGCUCAGCAAAUUUUUGGAUAUGCUAUUUUCAAGAAUGGAAAAAGUAGCAAGCUGGAAAAAGUAGCAAGCUGGCAUAUCCUCUGAUGGCUUUUCAUAAUUCAAAUGUGGCUGGAAGAAGCUUCCACAACGGACGUUUCAUACAAAGAAUGCGAGAGAAGCUUCUUGAAUUUACCAAAACAGAAAAAUACAGUUUUAUUCUUGUAUUCCAUGGCCUUGAAUUUCAGUACAGCCGCUUCUCCUUCUUCAACUACUCGCUUUCUAAUAAUACCAAAACAUAACAAUAAUCUUUUCAAGCUCUACUCUUCUUGUAGAAAAUUAUUAGUGUUUUCCAAAUCAGAAAGUGCCGAAAGUACUGGAGUUACAGAGCAAAAUCUUCCUUCUUCGUUUUCUGCUAGAUCUCUUGGAUCAACUCACAUCCACAACCCCUUCAACAGCUGACACCACUGGUUAUGAAAUUGAAAUAUGUGAUGAAAAUUGAAAUAUGGCAGUUCCCGUAGACUUGCAAUAAGGGAGCAGCUUGUGAAAUUAGUAGGAGAAAGAGGUGAUGAUGAAAAUUUCAGCAUUCCAUUAGGUAAAAAUCUGAAGAAGGUUAGUCCAAAGUUCUUAACCAUUUCACA